AUUUCUCUCCUUCUCCCCUCCUAAAACCCAUUCAGAAAUCUCUCUAAAAAAAAAAUGGCGCUGCUGCAAGCCAUUUGCUCGUUUCAUGUCUCACCAUUUCAGAUUUCACAGAACUCACCGUAUCGAUGUUUCUUGAGAAGCCAUCAACAGAACCCACUUUUCUCUGCUAAAACUACCAUUGCCAUCACUCAGAACAGACCCUCUUCCCUGUCGACGCAGCCCAGAAGGUUGUUUUGUACUCCAUCUCGCGGCAAGUACGUCAGAGAAGACUAUCUUGUGAAAAAGUUGUCAGCACAAGAAGUGCAGGAUCUGGUGAAGGGGGAGAGGAAUGUGCCGCUAAUUAUUGAUUUCUACGCAACAUGGUGUGGACCCUGUAUCUUGAUGGCUCAAGAACUUGAGAUGCUCGCAGUGGAGUAUGAGAACAAUGCAAUGAUUGUGAAAGUCGAUACGGAUGAGGAGUAUGAAUUUGCAAAGGACAUGCAGGUUCGCGGUUUGCCAACCCUUUUUUUUAUUAGUCCAGAUCCGACCAAAGAUGCAAUCCGGACGGAGGGGCUGAUUCCAAUACAAAUGAUGCGAGAUAUCCUCGAUAAGGAGAUGUAAAGGAACAUCUCUUGUGCAACAGAUAAGACGGCUUCGACUUUUGUAACCAGUACGAAAAUUUUGUAGGAAGUUGUUACUCGUGUACUUUCAAGUGUUGUUGUAGUCUUGAUUAAACAAUUUUGUAAUUGAUAUAUGUAUAGAUGGAAUUGUAAGUACAACUGCUUGAUUAAGAGAGUUACUACAUCCAA